AUGAAAUAGAAAAGGUAGACAAUAUUCCACCUAAUGACAGGGAAAAACUCCCAGACCCAAAAGAAAGGACUAAAGCCAUAACUGAAAGAGCUAGAAUACUAGAAAGUCAUGUUGUGAUAGCAUGUGGUGAUUGCCCAACGGUAGAAAAGAUAAGUAAAGUAGUAUACGCAGCUGCUUCAGUACUACUUCGGGAACAAGGAGUCAAACAACCAGCAAGAAGUAAGAAAAGAGGUAAAUUACCAGCCAAGCGUAGAUUAGAGGAUAAACUCAAAACCAUCAGGAGGGACCUGGGCAGAGUCACUUCAUACUUACAGCAAUUUGAUAAACCCACUCGGAGACUCAAGACAGUUACGAAGGAAAUAAGACAGCAAUUUGGUAAUUCCAAAACAGCGCUUCAGAAUGCCCAAGGUAGACUGAUUCUACAGCUAAAACAAGUCAGUGCCAAAUUACGAAUAUGGACAACGAAAGAAAAACGUGUACGGCUGGAGAGACUUAUGAAAUCUAACCAGAAACAACUCUAUAGGGAAAUUCAAGUAUUACAGCAGAAAUCACCCAAUGAUCUAGCCAAUGAUAAUAGUUGUAUAGAUGAACAAGUUAAUAAUAUAAGAGAUAAUGAGGGAACAACUCAUCUGUUACCAAAACCAUUGAAAAAUGGUCAAAACCGAACUCCAGGUAGUGAUAAUUAUAAUUAUUUGGGAAUUCCACAAAAUCUAUUACCUGAUAAAGAGGAGGUUUCUAGGAAUGUAGAGAAUAUACUUCAUAAGCGUAUUAAGGUCAUAUUAGAAGCUAAAUUAUCAGCGGUGGACACCAUCAGAGCUUUAAAUACAUGGGCCAUUCCAGUAGUAUAUUAUCCCAUCCAAGCGGGUUUACUAGGGAAGAAAAUUGUAGUUAAGCUGGAUUCGACAAUUCGAAAUGCGUUGAGGAAAUAUUUCGCUCAUGGAUACAUCUCCAACACUGAAUUACUUUAUGUAUCUAGGAAAGAGGGGGGUCGUGGAUUGACUAAUAUAGAAGAUGUUUGGAAAAAAUUCUCGGUGUUUAUAAGUCAGUAUAUCAAAGAUAAUAUAAUCAAUGUAAUUCCUAACAUCAAAACGACUAAUCCAUUGUGUAAAAUCAUUAGAAGGGCAGAUAAAAUAAAAACGCAAUUGGGGGUAGAAAGGGGCCCUUCUGUGGGUGUACAAUAA